CCACACUGACCCCACUGAAAUCUGCUGCUGGUGUAGUUGUAAUAUACAGGAAACACACAGGUCUCCAUAGCCUCUCUCAUAUCGCUGUUUUUUCCAUUACUCACCCAGCAGCAGCAGUAGAAACAGGCAUAAUGAGUGCAGGAGGCUGGGGUCGGGCUCAGGGAUUAGCUGGUCCUCAUGACCAGGACUUAAGUCCACUCAGCCCCACAGCUAACAUGGACGAAUAUGUGACACGCACCUAUGGCACAGGCACACUGGACAACAGGCCCCUGUUUGGAGAAACAUCUGCUCGGGAUCGAGUGGUUAACCUGGCUGUUGGUGGGAUCACAUCUCUUUUAGUCAUAGUAACAAUCGUCAGUUCAUUUGUUUUUCCUACACCUCAUCCAAAAGGCCUGAACAUCUUUUUUGUGUUCUGCAUUGUCAUGAUCUGUUCCUCAGUACUGGUUCUGAUAUAUUGGUAUCGUCAAGGGGAUUUGGAGCCAAAGUUCCGAAACCUUAUCAACUACACCAUUGGAUCUGUCAUUCUGCUUUGUUUAUGUGCAAAUCUUUAUUUCCAUGAUGUUGGGAGAUGACCAUGGAUCACUCCUGUAUUAUUCAUCUCCCCUUAUUUAACUACAAUAAAUCCUUAAACUUGACAUCUAUGCACCCACUAGAACACACCAUGUGUGUAAACAGGCAGCGAGCCUAAAAGUCCUUUACAUGCUGUUGUCUUCUGUUCAUAGAAUUGCACUGAUUACCUAAUUACAAUAUCACUUUAGUUGAAACUAACAUUAUAGCUAAAGCAGUGUUUAUUUACAGUCUUAGAGAUACAGAAUACACAUGUGAACUGACUGCACUGAUCUCAUGUAAAACUUGUCUUAAAUUACUUUAAAUAUGUAUAAAUUAGAGAUUUGUUUAGUGAGUGUUUUUUGUAUAUUAGUGCCAUAAGUGUGAUAUCUCAGGAAAUCCAGUACAUCCAACUGUGACCAGUGUGUGGCACUAUACAGUGUUAUUUUUUGGACUUCUGUUUGAUCAAUAAAGAUGACUGUGCUGCAAUGA